AUGACGACGAUACCAAUAAUUAAUCUUGAGUUCAAGGAAGUUAAGGACGUAGUAUGGGCGAAGCUUCAAGAACCGCAAUCACAACGCAAGUUGAUUCUUGUGAUUGUGUCGAUUGCUCUGUUGCUGGAUAACAUGUUAUAUAUGGUAAUUGUGCCCAUUAUUCCGGAUUAUCUACGGUAUAUUGGAGCAUGGGGAGUAGAAGCUCAGACCAAUGGCACUAUCGCUCCGAAUCCAAAAAUUCCGCAUUCUCAUCAUGGACAAGACUCCGCAACCGGAAUCCUCUUUGCUUCAAAGGCUAUCGUACAACUAAUGGUGAAUCCGUUUUCUGGCGCGCUGAUCGAUCGAAUCGGUUAUGAUAUGCCAAUGAUGAUUGGCCUGACCAUAAUGUUUUUAUCAACGGCUGUUUUUGCUUGCGGAAGGAGUUAUGGUGUGUUGUUCUUUGCGCGUAGUUUGCAGGGUGUCGGCUCGGCCUUCGCUGAUACAUCGGGUUUGGCAAUGAUCGCUGAUCGUUUUACAGAAGAAUCUGAACGUUCUAAAGCGUUAGGAAUAGCAUUAGCUUUUAUAAGUUUUGGAUGUCUCGUUGCUCCUCCAUUCGGAGGCGCAUUAUAUCAGUUCGCCGGUAAAGAAGUACCAUUUCUUAUUCUUGCUUUUGUAUCUCUCUUGGAUGGUUUUAUGUUAUUAUUGGUUAUGAAGCCAAUCAAAGAACAACUAAGAGAAUCGCGUGUUGAAAAACCUCCUACAAUACCGAUUUGGCGACUCCUCAUGGAUCCUUACAUUGCUGUAUGUGCGGGUGCUCUAAUGAUGUCAAAUGUUGCUUUAGCUUUCUUAGAACCUACUAUAUCGCUUUGGAUGGAAGAUAAUUUGACAACUGAUAACUGGAAGAUUGGAAUGGUUUGGUUACCAGCAUUUUUCCCACAUGUGUUUGGAGUUAUAAUUACAGUUAAAAUGGCGAAAAAAUAUCCGCAACAUCAAUGGCUCAUGGCCGCAGGAGGUUUAGCUCUAGAAGGUCUCUGCUGCUUUAUAAUUCCAUUUUCAACUUCUUACAAGAUGCUGAUGAUUCCAAUAUGUGGAAUAUGUUUCGGUAUUGCAUUGAUUGAUACAGCACUUUUGCCAACGCUAGGUUAUUUAGUAGAUGUACGCUAUGUGUCUGUUUAUGGCAGUAUUUACGCUAUAGCAGAUAUAUCAUAUUCAUUUGCAUACGCCAUCGGACCAAUUAUAGCAGGAGGUGUUGUAGAGGCAAUUGGUUUCACAGCUCUAAACGUUGGAAUAGCAUUUUCAAAUCUCCUAUAUGCUCCUGUUUUGAUGUAUCUUAGACAUAUCUAUGAUUUCAAGCCAUUUGAGAACGAGGCAAACAUUCUAAUGAGUGACCCUCCGGACAAGGAGUAUCAAACAUAUGCCUUGCAAGGUCAAGCGCAAAACAACGACUUGGACUACGGCAGAUUCAACGAAGGCCGAGUACAGGAAACGAACAUCGAUCAAAAUGGCUAUGAUCAAUAUCAAUCGGAGCCACAACAAUAUCAGCCCGGAUACAGCGAUCAGGGAGGUGCCUAUCAGCAGCAGCACGUGCCAGCAGCUGGACCAACGCAGCGCCAUCUGCCUCAGCAACCAGUGGGAAAUCCGUUCCGCGCUUCAGCGGAACUACCAGAAACUCCUAGGCCAGGGCACAACCCUUUUCGCCAAGGUUAA